GGGUGAAAAAUCUGUCAAUCUGCCCUUGAGCAGGGCACUUAACCCUAAUUUGCUCCAGGUGCACUGUACAUCUGGUACAUCUCCAGGUGCAUCUGGUGUAUGUGGCAAUAUAAUUAUUUGUUUUAGCCUACAUUGAGUCUACAGCUAGUUUCUUAAACUUACUUGUCUCACCAUUAUUAACGUUAUGUGCACAACGUUGACUAUAGAUAGGGCAGUCAUGUUUAGUGCAACAGGCCUAUGUUGCUUAAAUUCAAAGUACAGUAUGUUCUCAACUUUCCACCAACUGCCUUGAACACCCGAAUUGGAGUUAUGCCUUUCAACCACUAGGGAAAGGCAGAGUGGUGUGGAUUUUCCCCAAGGUUAGUGCUAUCCGGGAUCCUUGGGACAUGGACAUCCCUAGCCAAAACCCAAACCUUAACCCACUUAAAACGUGCACUUCAAUGGGGGGUAGGGACGUCCUAAGGAUUCCGUAUUGCAAUAAUUUUUUUCCUAACUACAUAGAGGAGGGGCCGGUGAACAUGGAAAGAAAGCCUACUUCGAAUUGAAAGCUGGAGGCGGGUUGAGUUUAAACACCAAUUAAAUUACACAGACCGAGAAGGUCUGGAGAAGAUUCACAGCAUUAUCGAUCAACGUUCCCACGUUGACAAAAUUGAGAAAGAGGCUUUAGUUUGUCCUGACAGUGUUCGUUCGUGUAUGGUAGUCUGUUUAGAAAGGAGAGAUGAGUCUUGGAUCCUGAUUGGAGUUGGCAAGCGCGCUCCACUACUGUAUCCAGUCUUUCAACUCCUCUCUCCCCGAAACCAGGAAAUCAUCGAGGUGUGCUUCUCUUUAUCCUGCUUGUGGAUCGUAGGCUAUCCCUUUACGUGUAUAUAGAUGUGUAUCUUGCCGAUAUCGUCGUUUUUAUUUAUUUUUUUUGUUUUUGAACCCCGGGCUUAGAUCUGAGGCCGAAAAAACUGCAUCGGAGAGGAUCUCAACUCUCUAACAAUGAGUGAGUCCAGUAUCUGCCAGGCUCGGGCCACGGUGAUGAUCUAUGAUGAUGGGAAUAAGAAGUGGCUCCCGGCAGGAACCGGGCCUCAGAACUUCAGCAGGGUCCAGAUCUACCACAACCCCUCUACUAACGCCUUCAGAGUGGUGGGACGCAAGAUGCAGACAGAUCAACAGGUGGUGAUUAACUGUCCGAUUGUGAAAGGCCUGAAGUACAAUGAGGCCACGCCCAACUUCCACCAGUGGCGGGACGCACGGCAGGUGUGGGGCCUCAACUUUGGCAGUAAGGAGGAUGCUGCCCUCUUCGCCAACGGAAUCGCCCACGCACUGGAAGUGCUCAAUUCCCUGUCAGACGCAGGUUACGCUACCCUCCCACGCCCAGUGUCAAAUGGACCCUCCCCAGAGGAACUGGAACAGCAGCGGAGGCUGGAGCAGCAGAGGCUGGAGCAGCAGAGGCUGGAACAGCAGGAGACAGAGCGUCAGGAGAGAGAGAGGCAGGAGAGAGAGAGACAAGCUGCAGCAGUGCCCGCUGCAUCGUUGGCUCCCCCAGCACCUCCGGGCCCCCCUCCACCCCCCGGCCCUCCUCCGUCUGGGCCCCCUCCACCCCCGGGACCUCCUCCCCCAGGACCCCCGGCCACAGGAUCAGGACCCCCGCCCGCCCCACCACUGCCCUCCCCGGGAGGAGAUGGGGGUCUAGGGGGAGGUGCAGGGGGCCUGGCGGCAGCCUUAGCCGGGGCCAAGCUCCGCAGAGUGGCCAAGGAGGAUAGUGGUGCUGCUGCUGUUGCAGCACCGGCUGCCAAGCCUGAUCAAAGCCGCACCAGUGCUUCCAUCGGUGGUGGUGGUGGAGGAGGCUUGAUGGGUGAGAUGGCAUCCAUCUUGGCACGGAGGAAAAAAAUGGCAGACGGUGGGGCUAAGCCACCUGCUAAGAUGGCAGAUAAUGAAUACUCAGAGUCCCAAGGCCAAAGUGACACUCUUGGACGAAGACCUUGGGAGAAAUCAGCCACUAUGCCAAGGAAUCACUCCAUCUCCAAGAGCAUGGACUCCACCUCUCCCUUGUCCCAAGGUCCCAGGGUGAAGCAAGCAGGUGUUAAUAAUGAUGCUGGAGGUGGUGAAGAGACCGAUAUUGAGAGGAUUAAACAGGAGAUUCUUGAUGAGAUGCGGAAGGAGUUACAAAAAGUCAAGGAGGAGAUAAUCGGAGCCUUUAUUGAGGAGCUACAGAAGAGGGGCUCCACAUAGUUCUUCUAGUGUGGCGGGAGGAACUGAGGGAUAGAAUGGAUAGAGGAGGUUAUGGCCCUGUGUGGACCUCUCCCCCAUCACCCCCUCCAGUGUACCCCAGGGAUUUUUCUUUAUCUUCCUCACAUUCACAUACCUACAUAAUUGCAUUUAAUUGUACCUUAACCCAGGGAACCGAUUUAACAACCACAUCCAAACAAAGGACUAGAUCACCUGCUGCGAUGAUACCAGCUUUCCUCGCUCAUCCCUUGUCUCCAACUUUUCCUUCAUUUCAUGACAACCACUGCAGAGCACAUAAUCACGGCUGUUGUUGCUCUUACUCCUUGUCAUGUACAGUUGUAUCCCCCCCCCCCCCAUGUAUCUGUCCCAUAGCAAUCGUGCUCCUAUUCACUCCCUUCGUCAGACAGACCAUUGUAUUUACUGGGGUAUUCAGUAAUCAGGGAAGAUCAUAUCAUUCAUUAUUGUUACUGUAAUGGCAGAGUGGAUGGUUGGCUUUUGUAAGAAUCCUCUUUAACCUGGCACAACUUCAACCUCAUACGGCCUUCAAAUAAAAACUUUUAGAUAGGCCUAGCUUUCAAGGGUUAUGUUGUGUUGUCUUGGCCAAUUUUGAGAAUGGGGGAGGACCCUACCAGAUUGUUCAUGGACCCUGUGGUUGAGGGCUUUCAUCCACAGCACACACUGCUCCCUGCAGGCCUGGUGCACAACGGCAAGAGCUUAUACUGCCUUGAAGCAAAGUCUACCGCUCCCAAGUGGACUGUUCUGUCAAUGGCCAAAAUAGAGAGACUACGCAAACUUCAAUUCUACAGACUUGGAGAAGUCAGAGGAGACAUGCAAAGGGAAUGUGAUGGACGACUGCCCGGAGUGCUGUGAGAGAGGAGAGUGCUGUGGUUCUGUGCUAUGGAGGGAAUCCUUGUUCUUUCUGAAAUGUACUUGGCCUAGAGAAAGUGUGUAUUUUGUGGCCACUCCCUGUGCCACACACUCAUCUUUACCUUCUGCUCAAAACAAGACACUAAUCAUUGGCCAGUGCAGUUGUCCUAAACUGUACUGUUUUGUUUUCAAUUUUAGGUGUGUUUUCUAACUACAUUGAAAUAAAAAAAAUCCAUAACUAUGUCAAUUGGCCAUGACCAACUGCCUUGGAGAAUAGAUAUAUUUGUUUUGAGGGAAAAUAUUAGCAAAACUGAAUUAAUGUUUCUAUUUUAAUUUGAGGUGAAUGGGAAUUGUUUUGAUUGUUUUCUUUUUAAGAGAAUAUUUUGGGUUACUUUUUUUUUCUAAUAGAGUUUAAGCUUUUUGCACUGAAAUAUAAAUAAAACAUUGUAGAGACACUGGA